AUGCCCAUGCUUGAACCCAGGUGGUCCCUCCUCCACACCAGCAUCAGCGCUUGGCUGAGCUCUGAAGCUGUAAACCCUUCCUUCCCCUCCCCUUCCUCUCCCCCCUCUCCCCCCUCUCCCCCCUCUCCCUCUUCCCCCCCUCCCUCUCACGCCUCUUCCUCUCCCUCCACCUUCCACCCCUUCUCCCCAACUCGGAAUCUCUACCGUCUCUGCCCCUUCACCCCUCCAUCCCGACCCCCCUCGCUCCAAUUCCCUCUCUCUCCCCUCUCUCCGCUCCCACCGUUCCCUCCUCUCCCUGCUCCUACUUCUGCUGCUCCUAUCCUUUCCUCUCCUCCUGUCUCUGCUUCCGCUUCUGCUCCUGCUUCUUCUUCCAUCUCUGCUCCUACUCCUCCUCCUUUCCCUGUCCCUGCUUCCACUCCUGUGCCUUCCCCUAUCCUUGCUUCUGCUUCUCUUUCUACCCCUAUCUCUGCUCCUGCUCCUCCUUCCCAUUUCUCUGCUCCUACUCCUGUGCCUACCCUUAUCCUUGCUCCUGCUCCUCUCUCUACCCCUGCUUCUUCUGCUGCUGGGACCACUCAUGUCAUUAUGGGUGGGCACGUCCGGCCCUCUCCUGCUGCUGGGACCACUAACUCCAUUGCUCCUCCUGCCCUCUUCUCCUCUUGUCCCUUGCUCAUCUCUUCUUGUCCCUUGCUCCUCUUCUCCUGUCCCUUGCACCUCUCCUCCUGUCCCUUGCUCCUUUGUUCCCCCUCCAGUCCCAGCCACCCCAGAUCUCCCUUCCAAUUCCACCCCCUCCAUUCCCUUCCCCUGCCCUCUCAACACACUGCUGUUUUAUUCUGUCACUCCCUUACCAUCCUCCCCCAUUCCCUUACCAUCCUCUCCCACUCUCUUACCACUCACUCCCACUUCUCCCCCUCUCCCCUCGCCUCUCCCACCCACUCUGCCACCAGAGUGUUGUGCCAUCUCAGAACCAGUUCCCACCCCCGCUCCUUCACCCGCUCCCACGCCCCCCACUCCGCCCACUGCCCCUUCAGUCCUCCCUAUUACUUCACCACCUGCCCUUCCCUCCCCAUUGAGCUCUCCAUUUCCCCAUCCCCCUCCUCCACCCACUCCCAUGCCUCCCAUUGCCUGUGCGAGCCUCUCCUCUCUCCUCCUCCGUAUCCCCAGCUUCAGUUCCAUAGAGUGUUGCUGUUGGCCUUGCUGCUCUUGUUUCACCUGCUCCUUCUGCCUUUUCUGAUUUGGCUUCUGCUGCCAAUUGCUGCCCUGCUGCUAACUGCUGCCCUGUUGCUAUCUGCUGCCCUGCUGCCAACUGCUGCCCUGCUGCUAACUGCUGCCCUGCUGCCAACUGCUGCCCUGCUGCUAUCUGCUGCCCUGCUGCCAAUUGCUGCUCUCGUGCCAACUGCUGCUGUGGUGACGGUGGCGGGAGCAGCGAUUGGGACGGUGGUGGUGGGAGCAGGAGCAGAGACAGGAGCAGGGGCAGGGGCAGGGGCAGGGGCAGGGGCAGGGGCAGGGGCAGGGGCAGGGGCAGGGGCAGGGGCAGGGGCAGGGGCAGGGGCAGGGGCAGGGGCAGGGGCAGGAGCAGGGGCAGGAGCAGCAAGAGUAACAGAGGCGGACGACGCAAGAGGAGAAGGGGUUGAAGUUGUGACAGGAGCAGGCGCAGCAAAGGCAGGUGCAACCGGGGAAGGCAUGGAAGAGGCAGGCAUGGCAGGGACAGGUUCAGGUGGGGCAAGCACAGUAGGAGCAACAGGAGCAGGCACAACUGUGACAGGCGCAAGAGGGGCAGGCACAGUUGCAGCAGGAGCAACAGAACCAAGAGCUCCCCCCUUCUCCAUGGUCCCAUUUCCCUCCUCUCCCUGCUUCCACCAUCCCUCCUCUCCCUGCUCCCACCAUCCCUCCUCUCUCUCCUCUCCCUAUUCCCACCAUCCCUCCUCUCCUUGCUCCCAUCUCGAUGACUCUCUCUUCGCAUCUCCCUGCUUCGCUCACUCCCCCUUUCUCGCCCUGUCUCCCCCUCCCUAUCGCUUCCUCUCACUCUAUCCCUCUCCCUGCCCCUCGAUCCUUCACUAUCCCUCUUCUUCUCUCUUGACCACUCUCGACCCCUCUCCCUUGAUCUUUCUCGACCCCUCUCCCUCUCCCUUGAUCUCUCUCUACCCCUCUCUUUCUCCCUCAAUCUCUCUCUACCCCUCUCCCUCUCCCUCGAUUUCUCUCUACCCCUCUCCCUCGAUCUCUCUCUACCCCUCUCCCUCUCCCAACUCCUCUCCCUCCUACUCUCUCUCGCCCUCGUCUCAUCCCUUCCCCGAACCCUAUCGCUCCCCCUGUCUCUUUCUCGCUCUCUCUCCUCAUACCUCCCUCUCUCAUCCCUCCCUCCAUUCUCCCCUCCUCUGCUCCGCUUCCCCUCCCUCUCACUCUCCCCAUCAUCCCGCUCCCCCCCUUCUCUCCCUCUCUUCCUAUCAUGGUGCGCCCUCUGGGGAAGGCGGUUUCCCCCCUGUGGGGGAAAGUGCGCCCUCUGAGGGAGGCGGUUUCCCUCCUGUAGGGGGAUGUGCGCCCUCUGGAGAAGGCGGGUUCCCCCCUGUGGGGGGAAGUGCGCCCUCUGGGGAAGGCGGUUUCCCCCCUGUAGGGGGAAGUGCGCCCUCUGGGGGAGGUGGAAGAGAGUCAUUCGCCCCUGAGGUGCAGGGCUUCCCCCAUGCUUGGGGGGGAGGAGCGCCCCCUGGGGGAGGCGGAAGUCCCCCUGGGGGCGGAGGUGCCCCCCCUGUGGGCGGAGGUGCCCCCCCUGUGGGCGGAGGUGCCCCCCCUGUGGGCGGAGGUGCCACCCCUGUGGGCGGAGGUGCCACCCCUGUGGGCGGAGGUGCCACCCCUGUGGGCGCAAUCACCCACUCUGUGGACGGAGCUGCUCCCCCUGCGGGCGGAGGUGCUCCCCUUGUGGGUGGAGGUGUUAUUUUUGGGGGCGGAGCUGCUCCCCCUGCGGGCGGAGGUGCUCCCCCUGGGGCCAAAAUUGCCUCUCUAGGGGGGAAAACGGCUGGGGGAAGAGGGGAAAACGUCUGUGGGGGAACGACGCCAGGGGGAAGGAGUUGGUCUUCUGGCUGGUCUUGUGGUGACUGA